AUGCAAGAGAAGUCAAUACAGCAGGCGAAUACGGAGAAUACUACGGAGAAACAAAGCGGCAACAAGGCCCCCAGCACCAAGAACACGGCUCAGCUCUCCAAGAUCCCACGUCAUAUGCUCUCCACGGUUCCACAUCAAAUCAUCACUCAGCAAGCGGAGAACACCACUACAACUUAG